UAUCGAUCAGUAACGACCCUCCGAAUGACAAUAUGCAACUCAAGGGUUGUCUCCUUUUGACUCUCCUCCCUAUUGAGAUUCGUCAGAAGAUCUACCGGGAGCUGUUCCUAAGACCAGUUGGCAUUGUCCCAGGACCCAUUCGAUACAAGCCAAAGAUUUGCUAUCGCAAUACAACUAUCAACAUAUACUCCUACCAAUGGGAGAGCCAUCGACAGAGCUACUAUGAUGAGUGGGGUCUUCCGCAUUACGAUGGUUCCCCAGAGAGCUUCACCAAGGAGUGGAUUACGAAGCCAACUGAGGAGGAAGUCCGCUUGAUGGAAGAUGGGAUCUUGGAGUCGGCGCAUGAAACCGGUGUUUGGAAGCUGCCUGACAUUAAAGAUGAGGAGGGUACGACCAUCUACCGCGAGAUUCGCAACCAUGGAGGUCGACCGGAAGUCCUCAAUUGCACUCGAGUCAUGUCCACCGGCUUCGAAAAUACAUUCGUCUUCAACACUCGAGGCAACUCCCCCUUCACCCAUCAUCAAGGCGUCCACGUCCACGAUGUCUUUAGCAAGAAUCGAGCUCUUGUGCCUGGCCUUCCUUUUCCCGAUGGUCGACCUGUUUCUCAACGCCAGAUCCAAACUGCGAUUGAGAAGAUGUUCGACAAGGACAAGUAUCAACCUCUCUUCGUUGCUAGAGAUCCCCUAGCCAAGUUCUUCAACAUCAUUGGUCGCGAGAACGCAUCCAAGAUCCGCAAGAUCGUGAUCGAGGGUUUCUUCAAGACCGCUGAAGAGAAUGAGCGAUACAAGUUCGAGCGUCCCAAUGGUCUUGGACAGAUCUUGCCGAUCCAUACCACGAUCCUGAGAAACGUUUGCAUCGACUUGCAACAACUUACCAUUUUUCUGGGUGAAGAUGAUGAACUGUGGAAUGACGACCUCGAGAAGCAGAGCGGGCUCACAGACGAAGAUAGAAUUGACAAAAUCAUUGCAGGUGUUGUCCAUGGGCUCUCGAACCUUCAACAACUCCGUCUAGAGAACAGAACUCGACUUAGAGGGGUUGAGGGCCAGCCACAUGCCUACAACAAACAGAAGGAAGAUGUAGCUGCGAUAAAGGCUAAGAAGGACGAGCGGAUGGAACUCGAUCAGUACAUCUGGAAGGAAGAGGGUUUCUCCAAGCGCGGACGUGGUGGACGAGGAGGCGGUCGAGGAGGUAGAGGUCGUGAACGUGGGGGAUAUGCUGGUAUUGGUAGACCAGUUCAGAACUCCUUUGCAGCUCUGAUUGACCAAGCUGUUGCAGCUGCAGGUAACGGCGAGUGUAGUUCGACAAGCAGACCAUCCUUCCGCAAAGGAUAG